AUGGCCCGUUUGAACCCACACCCUGCGCCUUCGCCGCGCGCACAUUCCGGCCCAGCUUCUCCCCGUCUGAAAUACACAGCCUCGUGCCCGUUAUUGCGCACCCAGGGCUCACGGACGAGUUCCAGAGGCGACGCGCGGACUCCUGCCGAGCAGGAACGCGUGCAGACGUUCGGCUUUCACGCAAGUCUCUCUGACCAAAAUGAAGAGCCUAGACCUAGACUCAUCAUAGCACGUACAAGGAGGAGAAUGGUGAACCCGAACCUCACCAUUAGGAAGAAGACCUCGCGAUUGGAUUUGAGCCGGCCGGAUCUCAGCCGUAUAUAUCCAUUCCUGUCCAACGUCGUGUAUCUGGAGGUACCGGAUGACUCAGAUGGGGAACAUGAAGAGCAUAGGGGAAAUGAUGAAGAAAGCGAGCGGACAGAGGUUGAGGAGCAGUAUGUGGAGGUAACAGGUUCUUCAGACGAGGAACAUGGCAAGCAUGAGGGGUGCAGAGGAUACAGCGAGCAGGAGGAGCAAGAAGGCGACGAAGAACGGGAAGAUGACGAUAGUGCCUAUGGUAGCGUCGAAAUCCCCGCUGCCGCAUGCCCGAAUUCCAUCUGGACCUACGCCGCCAUCUGUAAGUGGCGCGAUGCGGUCGAAAUGGUACCGCUAUCGCCACCAAAAGUUGUGCCGAAAAUCGACGUGCGUAAAAGGGCGACCCCAAAAACCCCUAGGAAGUCUCCUAGCAAGCGCCUCCUGACAUUUUGA